AUGACCGUUCUGGCGGGCGCGUUACUUUUGGGCAGUCUGGCUCUGGCAGCCCCUUCUUUCAAACCACAUCGUUGUCCCAGUCUUGACUCUGUAGGAACUCUUCAGGUGUUGCACUACAAUAACCUGGGCCCGCAGAACAAUGGCAGCUCGGCAGUUCUAGUGCACGAUCGACUGAGCCAUGCAGAAGCUACCGCCCGGUGCGCAACCAUCGGCGAGAAGCUGCAUCCCUGGUCAUCUGAGCCUUCACUCAACCAAAACCACCUGGGGUAUGAGUUGGAUUACCUUGUCUUUGCCCACGAAUUUCCCGAAGGUCAAGAGCUUUGGGUGUCCCAUUCCGCCCCCGGCAAAGAUUGCUAUGCGCUUUCAUGCUCCCACAAGGGCCUUGUUCGCGUCUCCUGCAACUCGCAGCUCCCGGCUCUCUGCACGUCUAGUCCACCCCCGACAAAAGACAUAGACCGCACGGUUAUGGAAUCGUCCAAAAUUACUGUCGCGUCUCACGACUACAGGGUGACCGGAUAUCGCGAUGCACGUUCAUUCCGGUUCUUGGGAAUUCCAUUUGCAAACCCUCCACUGGGCAAAUUGCGAUUUGCUCCGCCGCAAGCCUACUCUGGUUCCAAGAAUAUCGACGCAACCAAGCUGGGAGCCUCAUGCAUUCAGUCAAACUCCAGCUAUGGAACUCUUGAUAACGGCCCAAUCUCUGAGGAUUGCCUGUUUUUGAACGUGUACACGCCCGUUCUGCCAACUCAGAGGGAUGAACACACUGGCGGUCGCCCUGUGGCUGUCUAUCUCUAUGGCGGAUCCUUCCUGGAGGGUACCUCGUCAAUGGUCGACUAUGACGGUGGCAACUUUGCUAGUCGCAGUGACGUCGUGAUUGUGACUCUCAACUAUCGUGUCGGCGCCUUGGGUUUCUUGGCGACUGGCAAGCUCACUACUGGUAGCUAUGGUAUCCGGGACCAGAUAAUGGCGUUGCGAUGGGUAAAAGAGCAUAUUGCUGCCUUUGGGGGAGAUCCAUCCCGCGUCACUAUCUUCGGACAGUCUGCCGGCGGCCAGAGCGCGGUGGCUCUGUUGUCUUCUAGCGCAGCCAAGGGUCUCUUCUCAGGAGCGCUUGUCCAGUCAGCACCGCUUGAUCUUCCGUGGUUUCCACGUGCCCUAUACUCGCAGUACAUUGCCCCUACGGUAGGCAAAGCAGUCGGCUGUGACAGUGAUAGUUCCGAGGCAGAGCUUCUGAAGUGUCUUCGCUCAGUGCCGGCUGAUAUGUAUCUGGACAAUUCCACCGCUUUUGGAGAUGCUGAGUCCACGAUCGCGUCCGAUCUUGCCACCCACUACUAUCACAAUACCAAACUUCUCUCCUCGCAAGAGCCCUUCAUGCCCAUGCUCGAUGAUUCCAACUACGGUGUUGUGGAUGAUCAGUUCUACCGCCUGCUCACGGAAGAUAAACUACCUAAUCAUGUCCCGACAAUGUUCACGACAGUCCAUGACGAAGCAGGGCUUUAUGUAGAUGCCGAAAUCCCCGAGCUUGGAGACACGCAAGCUGCACUUGAUGCGGUGUUCGAGAUUGCCUAUGGGACUGACCUUGGCACAAAAAUGACCCUUUCCGGUGCAUUCGAGGCCAACUGGUCUGAUCCCGACGGCGUGCGCAAUGCUGCUGCAACGGCAGUGACAUACUCUGAAUGGGAAUGUGCCCAGGGCUGGCUUCUCAAUCAUGCCAAGAAUGCAUUCCCGUCUCUUUAUGAAGUGGAAAUUUCCCAGGGACACAUCCAGACAAAUGUUGGCGUUCCUGCCAUCUGCUCUCCGAACAGCGAAUACAAUGCCACCUGUCAUUCGUCUGAUGUCCUCCUUGCCUGGGGUACCCUCAACUCGAAAACUUUGAACGUGGCGCCCUACUACGAUGAUCUGGAUAUCCGCCACUCCCAACUCUUGCACGAUGUCUGGGGUGCCUGGUUCCGCACGCACAAUCCGAACCCGAAUCUUGAGUUCCUGAAGGUUCGUGGCCCUGCAUACGCCACUACGCAUGCUAUCUUUGCUGGUGGCAAGACUGGAGACGGACAUGGCUAUGAAAUCCAGCCGUACAGUUCUUCAGAUGGCAAUCUUUCAUUUCUUGGAAUGCCACCUUCACAUGCUACUGUUAACUUUGCAGAUACGGAUAAGUGUGCAGUCUUUAGGGACUAUGGGUUCACUUUCCAGCGCGCUAAGAUGACAUAG